AUAAGUAAGAUGUGACAUCCCUAAAUAGUUAGUGUCAUUUUUAAUUUACUAAACUCACACUUUGUUACAUAUUUGCAGGCUAACCAAUAUGGGCAGGGGUUGGAGUUUAUACGAUUGGAGGGAAGAGAACAGUGAAUGGGUACACAAGUGGACAAAUGAAGCGCUAGCAGAUAUAGUGCGUGAACUUAGGCCGUACGAUGGAAGUACAGAUCAAGCGUACAAGCAGUGGUACUGCAUGAACACACGUGCUAGCCUGGCCAGUCAGCCAGCUACUAUACCAACACAUCUCACACAAGAGGAGCAGGCGCGGAGACAUGUUGAGCUGCAUGCAGCUUACUAUCGUGACCACCUGCUUGAAAAUGUCAACGAAGUAGGGCAGAUGGCUACGGAUAGCAUGCCGGCCCAGGGCCCAUAUCGCAAGACAUUCCAGAAACUUUUGCAACAAUUCGUGGCAAAGAAGUUCAGAUGCGGUAGAGGCGACGACGUUGCCACUGGAGCAUACAUGCCGGUAGCGAGGUCAGCCAGACCGAGUGCGGCACCGUCGUCCAGACCGAGCGAGGCGCGUACGAGCCAUGAGCAAUGA